AUGGCACCACAGCUGCCACCCCCCCGAAAGUACUGGAUCGAUGCCUCCUGCGACCAAGCCGCGGGCGGCAAUUUCAACAAAUACAUUGACGAGGCCCGGCACUGGGCCGGCCGCGCAGCUGCCAAGAUGACGAGCCCCAGCGACACCGACUUUGCGCGCGUGUUCAACGUGCUCUUCAAGACUCUGGUGUCAGACAACGUACCGUUCCCGCCGCCCAUGCUCUUUCAGCGCAUGAACGACUUUGUCCCGGAGAACUACUGGAAGAGCCUGCCGGCGCAGGUACGCCGCGUGCUCUCCGACUUUGCUAACAACUGGCAGCGCACAACGCAGCGUCGCGAGGCCGACGUGCGCAUCUACAGCGACUUUGGCAGGCGCUGGCGCCAGCUGCCCAGCGGCGAACACAUCGAACCCGUCAACCACGUGCUCAACCUGUGCUCCGACGAGGAGGACGAGAACGGCGACUCGGAGUGGAGCGAACUGUGGGCAGGCGACGCAUUCGUCAGCCACGAGCUGCCCGGCGGCCUGCUAGUCCCCGGUGAAAAACACAAACGCGUCCUGGUGUCAGUCUUUGGACCCAACGUCGAGAAGAUGAAAAUUGACAGGAUCGGCCAGACUUUGAUCGCGCGCCUGAUAUUCCAUGAAAUGAUGCACUCGGUGUGCUACGGCCUCAAUGACCACGACACGGACGGCAUGGGCACGGCAGGCUGGCAGUACUGCAUGAAGCUGAACAAGGGUGCGGGCGCGACGGGCGCCGAGUCGCUGGCGUACUUUGGACUGUGGGCGGCGCUGGCCGACGCCCGGCCCGCCGGCCAGCCGCGCGGCGGCUUCACCAUGCACCGCAGCUGGGACAAGAUCCCCGGCGACGUCGACCUGGUCCCGGAGGAGGAGUGGGAUUCUGAUGACUAUGACGAGGAGGAGAAGGAGGAGGCCGCCGCCGCCGCCGCCGCCGCCGCCGCCAAGAAGGUCGACGCCGGUAAGUGGAACUCCAAACACAAGGACAAUGGUGCUGUUCGCGGCGAGAUCAAGUUCUACACCAACAUUACCAAGUAG